GUUUCGACGGCUCACCUUGGAAAUCAAUCCUCGUCAACACGCGCGCGUCUCGUCAUCCGGAAUCCAUCGAUAUCAUCGUCAAACCUCACAUCUACAUCGAGAACCACGUGCUAGUCACAUCGCAUCACUUAUCGCUUCCCGUAGUCCCAUCAUAUGCCUUCUACUGCAUCACAAUAACUCUCCCGUCGUCGGAUCAGCCUGACCAGGGGCUGGCCUCCACGUCCCCACCGCAGCCCUGGACGAAAUGGGCGUUAUCAGAAAGAAGACCGUCACAAGGGGUGGCGAGGGCGGUGUCAAAUAUCAUUGCGAUAUUUGCUCUGUAGACAUCACCUCGACGGUCCGAAUCAGAUGCGCACACCCUGCCUGCAACGACUACGAUCUUUGCGUCCAAUGCUUCUCCCAGGGAAAGUCCAGUUCGAACCAUAAACCCGAAUCACAUCCAUACCGUGUCAUCGAACAAAAUUCUUUCCCAAUCUUCGACCGAGAUUGGGGUGCCGACGAAGAACUGCUGCUACUAGAAGGAGCAGAAAUCUAUGGCUUGGGAUCAUGGGCCGACAUUGCCGACCACAUUGGCGGCUUCCGUCACAAGGAUGAGGUGCGAGAUCAUUACUACAAAGCCUACGUCGAAUCUCCUCGUUUCCCGUUGCCGAAACGAUGUAGUCCACAUGACAUGGACCUUGCGAACGAAAUUUCUCGGGAAGACUUCCAAGCGAAGAAGAAGCGAAGGAUAGAGGAGCGGAAGGAAGCCGCCAAGAACGCACCUACGCUGCAGCCCAAGACGAAGCCCACAGCCUCCGUACCGUCAUGUCACGAGAUUCAAGGAUACAUGCCAGGCCGCUUGGAGUUUGAGACGGAAUACGCAAACGAAGCCGAAGAAGCUGUACAGCUCAUGCAGUUUGAUCCGGGCGAUGGUCUCAACCCUAGGACAGGCGAGUUGGAGCCCGAGAUGGAGCUUAAAUUGACAGUGAUGGACAUCUACAACUGUCGUCUCACGCAGCGUGUGGACAGGAAAAAGGUUGUGUUUGAGCACAACCUGCUGGAAUACCGCGAAAACACUAAGGUCGAGAAGAAGAGGAGCAAGGAAGAGAGGGACCUAUUGAACAAGGCCAAACCUUUCGCUCGGAUGAUGAACCACGAUGACUUUGAAAGUUUGUGCCAGGGUCUCAUUGACGAGUUGAACUUGCGGCAAGCUAUCUCGCAGCUGCAAGAAUGGCGAGGCGUGCGGAUCGGAGAUUUACGCAGCGGAGAAAAGUACGAGACAGAAAAGUCACAACGAGCGCAAAAGGCAGUGCCUAUGGGAUCCAUGGAUAGAGACCGCUUGGCCUCGGCACAGCGGUCUAAGGCUGCUGCUGUACCAGAUCCCCCAAGCGGCGCCGCCUUGCUCGUGGCCCCCGAAUUGCCAAUCCGGUCCGCGCCAGCUCCCGAUGGUACUAAUGGUACCAUUCCUCCCAAGGAAGAGAGCAAACCUCAGACCAAUGGCGCUGUCAACGGAGCAGCCGCCAAUGGUACCGUCAUUGUCGCCAACGGUACGGGCCCGUCUGGCCCUGUUACACGGCAGAAAUACAUGGCCGCGCCGCUACCCGGUGUUACCCCGAUCCAGCUUACGCAAGACGGCGCGCCAGACUUGCAUCUCCUCACGCCGGAGGAAGCGAAGCUCUGCGAAGUGGUACGGUUGCAGCCCAAGCCUUACCUAAUGAUCAAGGAGCAGAUUCUCAAGGAGGCCUUGAAGAGCAAUGGCACCCUCAAAAAGAAACAGGCCAAGGAGAUAUGCAGGCUAGACACGCAGAAGGGCGGCCGCAUAUUCGACUUCUUCAUCAAUGCUGGCUGGGUUGGCCGGGCGUAGGAUGAUUCGGACGGUUCAGAUGAUUCGGUUGAUUCGGGUGUACCUAUGGAAUCUACGCACAGUGUGU